UUGGUUUUAGAGUGAAAGAUACAGCGAACGACUGAUCGAUCGAGUUUAUCUCAUUUUUGUUGUUUUUAUUGUUUUGUUUUGGAAUUAUUUUUGUGGUGUCUCGGAGAUUCCUCUCCCCUCGUAGAUGCCAAUUUUCCGAGAUUACUCCCACCCCGAAGAAGGAGAAAUGUCGCAGGAUAGUAAUAACACCGACCAGAGCUCGGUUUCCGGUGACAGUGGGGCUGAGCACAGUGACAGCGAUGACUCCUCCACGAUGGAUGAGGAUGACAACGAGCGGAGGAGAAUCGAGUGUCAGGAGAAGGUCGAUGUUCUCGAGAGACAAUUUGUAUUACUCAAGGAACAACUUUAUCACGAACAAAUGACUCAACUAAAUCAAAAAGUCCAAGAGAUAGAAGACGAGACAGCCGAGGAAUAUUCAGUUCCCCUGAUGCGCCUCCAGGAGAAGAUGGAGACGAAGAUGGAAGUGGCAGAGGUGCUCCAGGAGAUGAGACGUAAGAACAUUGAGCACAAGUACGAGGGGGAGAAAAAAGCAGCUGAGGACAAUCUGAAGAACGAGAAGACAAUUCUGCGAAAUUCGAUCUACAGCGAUCUCCAGGAGAAGAUCCGAAGGCUGGAGGAGGACAAGAACCUCGUGGACAUCCACGAGGACCUGUGGCUGAGCUCCACCGGAAGGAGAAGACGAGGCCACAACAAGAGAAAACGCACUGUCUACGUCAAUGGACCAUAUAUCGUCUACAUGCUCAAUGAAUCAGAGAUCCUGGAGGACUGGACGCUCAUCAGGAAGAGUCUGAGCUGUCGAAAUGCUGGGAUAAUGCUGAAUAAAUAGUGUACAUUACUAAAACCGUAGGGACUUACGCGUUGAAGUGGAUGAACUCUUUCGUGGAGGAAUAAUUCAAGGGAACUGAUCUAGUGAAUAGUAAUUAAUUAAGUGAGCUGUUGGGCGGGUAAUUAAUUGAGGGGAGGCAGACUGUUGAAAUAAGUGAGGUAAUUGAUAUUGAUUUAUUGAGGAGACUUGAACUUCUGUAGUUGUUAGUCAUUUCUUAAUGGAAUUAAAGAACUUUUGUAUUAUGAAUUUA